CAGACUCGCAUUUAUUGUUGUAGUAUUCUGAACUACAGUGAAGAUGUCUGGAAGAGGAAAGACUGGCGGUAAAGCCCGUGCUAAGGCAAAGACUCGCUCCUCCAGGGCAGGACUGCAGUUCCCAGUCGGUCGUGUUCACAGGCUGCUGCGGAAGGGAAACUAUGCCCAGCGUGUCGGCGCUGGAGCUCCGGUCUAUCUGGCUGCUGUGCUCGAGUACCUGACUGCUGAAAUCCUGGAGCUGGCCGGGAACGCCGCCCGGGACAACAAGAAAACCAGAAUCAUCCCGCGUCACCUGCAGCUCGCUGUCCGCAACGACGAGGAGCUCAACAAGCUGAUGGGAGGCGUCACCAUCGCUCAGGGCGGAGUGCUGCCCAACAUCCAGGCCGUGCUGCUGCCCAAGAAAACCGAGAAGCCAGCCAAGAAAACAGUGAAGAUGUCUGGAAGAGGAAAGACUGGCGGUAAAGCCCGUGCUAAGGCAAAGACUCGCUCCUCCAGGGCAGGACUGCAGUUCCCAGUCGGUCGUGUUCACAGGCUUCUGCGGAAGGGAAACUAUGCCCAGCGUGUCGGCGCUGGAGCCCCGGUCUAUCUGGCCGCUGUGCUCGAGUACCUGACUGCUGAAAUCCUGGAGCUGGCCGGGAACGCCGCCCGGGACAACAAGAAAACCAGAAUCAUCCCGCGUCACCUACAGCUCGCUGUCCGCAACGACGAGGAGCUCAACAAGCUGAUGGGAGGCGUCACCAUCGCUCAGGGCGGAGUGCUGCCCAACAUCCAGGCCGUGCUGCUGCCCAAGAAAACCGAGAAGCCAGCCAAGAAGUAAAUCACUCGGACGCCCCUUUUUAAGAUCUAUAAAAACAAAAAGGCUC